GAAUAAAUGAAGGCAGAUGUUAAGCAUUUAAUUGGCUCUUUGCUCCCAGCUGACUCUGUCAAUUUUGGAACCAUUGUCAGAGAUGAUAUAAUUCAUCCAUAUGAAACUGACAAGUUGUGGCUGUUUACAUAAAGGAAUCCUUGUGAUCCACGGAAGAUGCACUAAGAACCUCUGAUCCCGCAAGAGAGGGGUUGAUGAAGGUUCAGUCGUUUGGGGAAAGGAUUGUGCUUUUCAUUCUAAACGUCAUUAUUUUUGGAAGACUGGAGAGAAAUUUGGAUGAUGAUGACAUGUUUUUUCUACCUCACUCUGUGAAGGAACAAGCUAAAAUCCUGUGGAGAUGUGGAGCGGCUGUUGGGUUUUACACAACCAAGAUGAAAGGCAGCCUGUGUGGUGAUGGCACUGGUGCAUGCUACCUGCUGCCCGUCUUUGACACUGUGUUCAUCAGGAGGAAACACUGGCACCAAGGCUUGGAAACAGCCAUGCUGCGGGACUUCUGUGAGACAUUCCCAGAGGACAAGGCCCUGGGGGUCAGCUGCCUGAUGUCUCCUGCCAUGUACCAAGCACACCCAGGAAAUUCCGAGGAGAACGUGAGCCGUCAUGCGAGGACUUCUCAGAAUGACACACCCAGACAGUCUGCCCCUGGAGACAGCAGCAAGGAGAGGAUGCGUGGAGAAGAAUUGGAAGACACAAAGAAUGAUCCAGAGUGUGGAGUGGAAGAGGAGGAUACCGGGCUGGCGGGGCAGACACUGGGCAAGCUUACAAAGUCCAGUCCCUGA